AUGUCAGGCUUUAGGUCGCGCACCCGUGAAGAGUGCGCUGCCUUCUUCGCCGCCUCGAACAAAGCCCAGAAGCGAAUCCAAGCGGCCUUCGCCGGCGACGAUCCCUUGGAUGUGGAGGCCAACCGGUGGCCGAAGAAAAAUAGCAGGAUCAUCACGGAUCGUUUUGCCGCCACGGAACGUGCGGAACUCGCGCUGAAGCAGUGGUCGAAGCAGGCCCCGUACCAUCUCGCUGCCCACCCGCGAGAAGGCCAU